UGGCGGUGCCGGGCGGGAGCCGCCGCGCUCCCGGUAGCCAUAGCGGCGGCGCUGCCUGCAGUGACGGGAGCAGGCGGGGGGGGGCGGACAAAGGGGGCCCGAGCCCGCACCUCAGCGGCCCCGGAGGAAUUGCCAAAAUGCUUUGGAAUUCUUAAACGCUUCAAAACCUGAAGUCUCUGAGGAUACAAAACCAUAAGAACCCAAGAAGCAGCAAGGAGGAUUCAGUGCCAAUGCAGCAACAAAAAAGACAGCCAGAGUUAGUGGAAGGAAAUCUUCCUGUUUUUGUUUUUCCUACAGAACUUAUAUUUUAUGCAGAUGACCAGUCAACACACAAGCAGGUGUUGACUCUAUAUAACCCCUAUGAGUUUGCCUUAAAAUUCAAAGUUCUUUGUACAACUCCAAGCAAAUAUGCGGUGGUUGAUGCUACUGGUGCAGUGAAGCCUCAGUGCUGUGUUGAUAUCGUGAUCCGUCACCGAGAUGUUCGGGCUGCUUACUUUGGUGUGAUAGAUAAAUUCCGUCUCCAAGUGUCUGAGCAGAGCCAGAGGAAAGCAUUAGGGAAAAAGGAGAUUAUUGCAACUCUGCUUCCAUCUGCAAAGGAACAACAACAGCAAAAGGAAGAGGAGGAGAAACGAAUAAAAGAACACCUGGCUGAAAGUGUCUUUUUUGAGCAGACUUUGUGUCAACCAGAAAACAGAACUGCCUCGUCGGGACCUAGUUUACUAACAGUCUUCCUAGGAAUAGUGUGUAUUGCAGCACUAAUGCUACCUACAUUGGGGGAAGCGGAAUCCCUGGUGCCUCUCUACCUCCGCUUAAGUGUGAAUCAAAAGUUAGUAGCUGCUUAUGUUUUAGAUUUGAAGAACAGUCUCACUAAACUCAAUUCUCCUGUCCCACUACCUGGCAGAAAUGAGGAGUUACAGCAAACGAGCUAGGCAGCUUCAGACUGAUAGCUAGAGGUGAGGUAGUGGUGGGAAAAGACCCAAGUUCAUGGUGGUUCAUACACACACUGAGUUCACUGACUGACUCCUGCAAGUCAGUCUGCUGAAACAGUUGGAAACCUCACUUGUUGCUCUUUGCCUGAGCCACUGGUGGUGUACUCUCAGACCUUGCACUAAUUCCUGCUGUGUUUUUAUCUCUAGUUUUGAAAAUGACUCCAGUUUCUGCUGGUGCCAACAACAGCUUUAAACCAUUUGGCUUUAUAUGUUUGCAACAGGUUGACCUGUUUGUAGCUUCACUAUAAAGUUCUUACAGGUUUUGAUUCCUGUGGUAGCAGCACUUUUAGUGUUCAUGAAAAGGUUCUUUAUGUGCAACUCUUCUUGUGUACGAAGUUGAGUGCUCUUGAGAAGAUGAAACCACUUUCUUUGCACCAAAGCACAACUGCCUUGUGUGGCUUUAAUUGAAAAGGGAGGUUAAUGCCCAUCAACUGGGCCUUAGAGCUGAGAAGUAUUUGCUUUACAGCAAUGAGUUAAACCCUUUAUGGCCUGAAAGUCCCUCUACAAGUGGUACGGGCUGUCCUGUAGCACCUUCCAGAAGCCUCUGUUACUGCUCUGUGAUGAUUUAGGUGAUCCAGGCUAAGGCCUACAGCAGUUGUGGCAGUACCAACUGUCCAAGCUAACACAGACCUUAAGCAAUAGCUGACCUGUAAUUCCUCUUCAGUGGGGGCAUUGCUUAUCUCAUGGAAGGCAGUGUCAGAGCUCUGCUCUGCCCUGCUUCCACCUUCAAACCGUUACCAAAUCAGUGAGUUCAAUUGCUGUGUAGUGGCAGGACAGUAAAAUAGUCUCAGAAAUGUCUUCAUCUGUGGUAGGAGAGAUGUGUAGGCUUCAGCUGAGCUCUGCAGUGAAAGGCUGUUCCAUGAACACCAUCUGAGCCUGCAGGAGAGGAACAUUGCCCAAGAACUGAUAAAUUACCAGUUGGAUGUCGUGUCAGGCUGGAAUUGAAGGAGCCCUCAUGUUUUCCAUACACCUCUUCACCUAGAGCAAUAUAAAUCAUGGCUAAGAACUUGCAGAGUUGUACUUUUUCCUGUAUCAGCACAUAACUAAAGUGAACUUCUCACUGUGCCAUAAGUAGGUUUAUGAGCCCCACGUUUCCUGCUUUCAUCUGGGUUUAAUUGCUUUUAACCUCUAUCAGCACAGUUCUGUUUUGCUUUCCUCCCUCCUAAAGGUCACAACAAAGAGUCUGUAGGAAGCUCCCAGUGCAGACUGACAAGGAAGCUUCACAUCUUUGUCUAGAACUGGUCUUUGAUCAGCUCUUCUGCACAGAGCAGAAACAACAGCCUGGAGCCUUCAGCUGAUCUGCCUGACUGCUGAGUCAGCAUUUGAAUGGCACUGCCCCCAGGAAAACUGGGGCUUGGGUGCUGGUGUUAAGACUUGCCCCAGUCAAAAGCUCAAGGUUGAGCUUGUCCAGGGCUGAGCUCAGUCAUUGUUUGGAUUAUUUAGAGCUGCUUUGACAUUUAGGUACCAGCUACGCUGCACUUGAGUGUCAGCCUUUGUAAGCAGUUUGUGACUCCAUCAACUAGGAGCAAUCCUUCUACUAUUUAAAUGAAGUGUACAUACAACCUCUGCAUGUAUCUAUGCACUUUCACCUUAUUUUCUGGCCUGUGACAGGGUAAAGUGUCUAUUUGAAAUGUUUUAUUCUGUGAAAUUAAAGCAUUUAGUUGUUCAUU